GGGAAAAGACAGAAAGAAGAACAUCAGAGGGUUCCCCACCCCUUUGGCUUGUGGUUUUGGGUUCUUGUUUUCGGACAGCUUUGAGGAUUAAAGAGGGAUUUCAUCUCAUCCACAUCUCUUUCUCUGUCUCUCCCUCUCUUUGUCUCAGUUUCGUGAGUUGAUCAGGUUCAAUUCUUGUGUGGUUAUUGUUAGAUUAUUUUUUAUUAAAAGCAUGAAGCUUAAAAGCGGACAGAGAUGGAGGAUCUGCUUGAGCUCUAUAUCUGGUUAUAUAUAUACAUGAGUUAUAAUAUAUUACCUGCUCUAUUUGUUUCUUCUUAAAGUAUUUCUAAACAACAAAACACCCAUUGUCUCUUGGGUUGAAUACAAUACGAUGAUUAUCGUAUGUAUUCAUUCAUAUAUGUUAAGCCUAGCUAAUCAAGUAUCAAUUUCUUUCUCUUUUAUCAUUUAGUUUUGGUUUUUUUUUUUCUCUUUGGAUUUUCUUUUUGUACCCUACUAUUUUUUUUGUGUGUGUGUUUAAAACCAAGAUCCAUGACGCAUGAUGCCAAUUCUGGAGGUCUGGUUCAUUGGUUCAUGCAGUAGAAGAUGAUAAAAGGCUUAUUAUUCCAACCACCAACAGCAACAAGAACGAGUUUUUGAAGAGAAUAUGUCGAAUUUGACUUCGGCUUCUGCAUCUGGUGAAGCCAGUGGUUCAUCCGGUAAUAGAAUUGAAGCUGGUUCCAAUUAUCCUCAACAAAACUUCACCACUCAACAACCUCAAGCUCUGCCGGCCAAGAAGAAGAGAAACCUACCAGGCAACCCAGACCCGGGUGCAGAAGUGAUAGCUUUGUCUCCUAAAACACUCAUGGCGACUAAUAGAUUCGUGUGUGAGAUCUGCAACAAAGGGUUUCAAAGAGACCAGAACCUUCAGCUUCAUAGAAGAGGACAUAAUCUGCCAUGGAAGUUAAAGCAACGAACAAGCAAAGAGGUGAGGAAGAAGGUAUACGUGUGUCCGGAAGCAAAUUGCGUUCACCAUGAUCCGUCGAGAGCGCUCGGAGACUUGACUGGAAUCAAGAAGCACUUCUCGAGGAAACAUGGCGAAAAGAAGUGGAAAUGCGAAAAGUGUUCGAAGAAGUAUGCAGUUCAAUCGGAUUGGAAGGCUCAUUCCAAGAUUUGUGGCACUAGAGAAUAUAGAUGUGAUUGUGGAACCCUCUUCUCAAGGAGGGAUAGUUUCAUCACUCAUAGAGCAUUCUGCGAAGCUUUGGCAGUGGAGAAUGCACGACCCAACCCGUUUCUUUUCGGUCAUCAGCAAGGCACUAACAACAACACAACAACAGCUGGUUUUGGACUCGACUUGCCUUCACGUGAACAAGAACUCCAUGUGGGUAGUAGUGGUGCACUUAUCCAUGGCUUGCCUCCUUUCGGGAACAGUAAACCUGCUGCCUCCAUCGCAGGCGAUGAUGAUGAUGAUCAUCAUCAUGACAACGUUGUCUCAGGUGCUACUCCUUCCCUUCUCCAAGACAUGAUUGAUUCUUUGUCUUCCGCCACUGGAUUUGUGGCCACUAAUUCCUUCGAUGAUCUCGCAUUUGGUGGUGGCAUCUUGAACACAAAGAAGAUAGAUGGGAGUUCCAUCAACGAAUCAUUCUCGAAAACAACGACGACAAACGCUACAACUCAGCAGAGUGAAGGCCUGACAAGAGAUUUCUUGGGUCUUACAGCUUUCUCUCAUGCCGAUAUUCUCGACAUCACUGGUCCCAGUACUUACUGCAUCGACACUUCGGAUGAGCAACGCGACCAGUCUCAAAAACCAUGGCAAGGUUAGGUAAUAUGCCAACUUUUCUUUCUUUCUUUUUUUAAUUUCAAUUUCUUUUCAAACAUAUCUUAAAUUUUAUAAUCUCUUGCCACCAUCUUUCUAAAGGGAAGAACCUCUAAAGUUACUGAUAUAUAAUGUAAGAUCUUGAUAUUCAUUUAUGAUUAGCCCAUCAUGCUAA